UUCGAGACUGGAGCGCCACAGUGUUUACUCCGAGGUAAGUAGUAUAGGGGAGGUGAUCUGUCUGUAGACACUUUCGCAGCUGAAAGAGCUGGACUUUCACAACUGCACAGUUGAAGGAGAAUCUACCAGGUGUAAUAAUGCAGAACUACACAAAGGCAGUGAAGGAGUUUGUAGAAGAACACCCUACAGAGGUCACAGCUGCCCUGGUGACGGGUGUCGGGCUCUUUGUCCUGCGGAGAUGGCGGGCUGGGGGAGUCUGCCGCAGCAAAGCCCGUUUGGACGGCAAAACUGUUCUGAUAACGGGAGCCAACACUGGUAUCGGCAAAGAGACCGCGGUGGACAUGGCCAAGAGAGGUGCAAGGGUGAUCCUGGCUUGCCGAGACAUGGGCAGAGCCAACAAAGCAGCAGAUGAGGUCAGAAAGAGGAGUGGAAAUGGCAACGUGCUUGUGAAGAUGCUGGAUCUGGCCUCCUUGCAGUCAGUCCGAGCUCUGGCCAAAGAUGUACAGCAGACUGAAGAGAGACUGGACAUUCUCAUUAAUAAUGCUGGGAUAAUGAUGUGCCCACAGUGGAAGACAGACGAUGGCUUUGAGAUGCAGUUUGGUGUGAACCAUCUGGGUCAUUACCUGCUUACCAACUUACUUCUGGACUUGUUGAAGAAAUCAACACCAAGCCGUGUUGUCAAUGUUUCCAGCCUGGCCCACGAGACAGGCAAGAUUCAUUUUGAUGAUAUAAACCUGGAGAAAAACUAUGAUCCAUUAGUAAGCUAUCGACAGAGCAAGCUGGCCAGCAUUCUGUUUACCCGGGAACUAGCUGUCAAACUGAAAGGCACAGGAGUGACAACUUAUGCUCUUCAUCCUGGGUUGAUCCAAACUGAGCUGGGCCGACACUUUUUCCCCUCUCUGUCUUUAUGGAAGAGGCUUUUGUUCAUGCCCCUUUUUUUCUUUGUCAAAACACCUUGGCAGGGUGCGCAGACCACCAUCUACUGUGCAGUCGAUGAGAGUCUGCAGAACACCAGUGGCCUUUACUACAGUGAUUGUGCUCCCAAAGAGGCAAUUCCUCAGGGUAGGGAUGAUGCUGCAGCUAGCAAACUGUGGGAUCUCAGUGCUUCCAUGGUGGGCCUGGCUUGAGACAAUACCUUAACCAGUGAAUAUCACUCUCUUCAUUUAAAAAGCAGUUUGUCACAUUUUCCUGUGUAGAUUGUACAUUCCUAAUUUGCAGACUAUUACAUCUGCCUACUUUAUAUGAAGUACAGAUAGGCAGUUUCAGUAAGAAUGUAGGAAAGUAGUGUUUCAUUGUCUGUAAUGAAAUGCCUAAGCAAUAAGAUAAACUGCAAUAUGAAGUGUAAUUAGUGAGAUUUUAUAUACCGUAAUGCUAUUAGCCAUAUUUUGUGUAGCUAUACAAAUUAGAUAUUUGAUCUUUUUUUUUUUUUAUUGCCAGUGUUUGUGGAAUUGGAUACAGUGUAUCAUAAUGGAAAUCAGUGUGUAAUAUGAAUGUAGCUUAAUAUUUUUACAACGCCUGUUUCUGAAUAAGGAAAUUACAUUAAAUGAGUCAUUACCCUCUAUAAAAUGAAAGCCCUAGUGAAUUUAUUGUAAAGGUAAGAAGCAUUUUAUAAAAACUGUAACACAACUUGCACAGCAUUCAG